AUGGCGAGUGCCUUGUCUGCGUGGCUCGCGGCGGUAUGGGCGGCAGCGCUGGCUGUGCAGGGCUGUUGGGGGGUGCGGCUGGCCGUCGACAUGCACGACGAGCGCUCCUGGGCGGCGAGGGCAGCGGCAGACACGGGGAUGCAGAUGGUGUCGGAGCUCCCGGAACACGAAAUUCGCGUGCUCGCGGGCGUCUCUGGCUGGACUGGGGGCCUCGCGCACGCAGGUGGGGCGGUGCUGGCCGACAGCACGGAGGGCCCGGCGGACCUGGAUCACCUCGCUGCGAUCAUGCACGGUCGCAUCUUCGUCGGAGGCGUGGAGAUGGCGCCUGCGCCGCUGUCCGGGCCUGCCGCACAGCGCAACGCCGCCACGGCGCUGCGUUGCCCCGCGACGCUGCACCUCCUGGCGUCUGCGUGGCGGAGCGCGGUACGCGCGCUGUCGCUCGGCGAUCUGUCGCUCCUUCGCGACGCGAGCGGGGUCGGCGCGGCGCGCGAGGUGCUGCAGAGGGCGUGCCGCGACGAAGUGCCGCUCGCGGUGUCGGCCACGCACGUCGUCGUGGCGCCAACGGGCUCGCCCUCGUCGGACGGCCUGCCGCGUGCGAUCCCGAAGCCGCCCGGAUGGAAGAGGAGCUACGACGUGGAGGCCGCUGCGCGCGGGGCGUGCGACGCUAGCGCUGCAACGCUGGGGCGAGACAUCGCGUGGCACGUCGCUCACAAGUCCGUCAGCGCAGUGCAGGCCCUUGUCGCCGUGCGGAUGCUGAUCGAGCAGUCGAAUGCGAAGCUCAAAGCGGAGACGGGGAGCGGGCAGGGGGCGUUGCCGGUCGCGGGCGCCGUCCUCGACGUGGGAUCCUUCCUGCGGAACCUGCUGGACCAAACGGUGCACAACGCGACGUGGGGGAGGCUCUGCAGCGACGCGGACGUGCGCGCCGUGUCCGAGAACAUCGGCCUGGCCGCGCACCUGCGCCGCGGGCCCCACGCCGCCGACGUAGACGCGGACCACGCGAGGGGGCUCGUCGUGCGCUGGCACCCAGAGUUGCAGCACGUCAAGCUCGCGCAGCCCGACACGCAGCGCCCGGCGGGCGGCGGACCAGCGCCGUCCGCUUCGGCGCCCCCCUCGGACCCGGGGCGCGGCGCUCCGUGCGCCGACCACCACCCGGACUGCGCGGCCCGUGCGAAGCUGGGCGCGUGCACCUACGACAAGGCCUGGAUGCACGCGCGGUGCCCGAGGUCGUGCGAGACGUGCAAGGCGGCGGACGGGCCGGAGCAGGCCGCGGCCACGGGCCCUCGCGGGCCGACGAACUCGCGCGCGUCGUCGUCGUCGCCGUCGUCUGCAGCCCAGGGGGGCAACGCAGCGUCCCAGGAGCGCCCGCGGGAGCCGCCGCGCGUGCCCGUGCCGGACUGGGCGUCGCUGCCGGCCGCGGAGCUCCCCGAGCAGAUCCUGCGGCACAUCGCGGGCCGGCUCGGGACGAACUGCGCGGUGUACGCGCCGCCGAACAACUACUGGGCCUUCCGCGUGUGCUACGUGUCGGGCAAGGCCACGCAGUUCCACAUGGAGUUCGGGCAGCCGCCGACGGUGACCGCGGAGCACCUCCUCGGCCAGACGACGCCGGGCGCGCGGCCGUCGCUGGCGCGGCUGCACCCACAGCAGGCGCGGGACGUGGGGGCGCCGGACGCCGUGCUGGUGAAGCAGGAGUUCUCGGGCGGCGCGUGGUGCGCGGAGGCGGGGCGCGCGCGCGCCCUCGACCUGCUGGUCGGGUGCAGCGCGGAGGUGGACGUGAGGUUCCACGUCAGCGAGGACUCCCUGUGCCGGUACACGGCGGUGCUGCUGACGCGACACGCCUGCGACGCCCCCGUGCUGGUCCCCGCGCGCCCGGGCUGA